AAAACCGCACAGACAUUUCUCCAAAAACUCCACUCGAUCUCUACCCAAUUUUUUUCCUCUGCAAAGUCACCAAACUUGCUUUCCUUUGACGUUACCCUUCCACUUUCUUGACUGAAAAUGGGAUUCUUUUCUUGGUCUUGAAUUUCUCUUUAUGGAGGAAAAUGAGAAUUUCUUGGGAGUUUUCCAAAUCAAAUUGGAGUCAUGAGCAUACUUUCGUCCCGAAUUACCUCAGAUCCUCUGUUUUCUUGCAUUAUCACUUUCUACGUCCUAAUUCUACUCUAUUUCCCUCCUGGGUUCUCCCUCAAGAUCCUCGUCUCUCCGGUGUUCAUCAUCACCGCAUCCAUCUUGCUUUCUCUCCUAUGGUUUCGUGCAAACCACAAAUUCCAAACAGAAAGCAAACAAAUUUUCUCUAAAUCUGAGGAACCAGAGUUUUCAGAAGAAGCAUGCAAAUUGGUCGGACACAAAAUAGAAGAUGAUUCGGAAAUCAAUAAGGGUUUUGAUUCUUAUGAACUGACCAGGAGUUUCGAAGAAACGUUUGUAGAAUGGAAUGUGAGAGCUCCGCUGGAGGUAAUAUACGAAGGAUACGAGGGAGAAGAGGAAGCAGUGGCGAACCAGAAUGAUGAAAAGGAACCAGCUCGGUUGAUUGAAAGGUACCCAUCGUUGUCAUUGUAUUAUCCGGAAUCGGACUCGGACAGUUCGUCGGAGGCAGAUUUAACGGUACCCUGCGAGUGGUUUUCACCGGAGAAGAUGGGAUUCAGGUGGGAAGAGGAAGACAAAGAAGGGUUGAUAGAAAUUGCCCUCGAUAAGAAGGAAUUGGAAUUUCAUGGGGAAGAAGAUAAUUUGAUAGAGAUUGAUAUUUCAACUCCAGGUUAGGUUUAAUUAAUGUUAAUUAGAGAUUAACUAAAGUCUAUAGAGAGAGGUUUUUGGGUUUUGAAAUAUAUUUUUGUUGGGGGAUAUGCUUCACCGUUUUGUAUAUGAAUGCCUAAGCGAUGAACUUGUUAUGAUUAAGGACGUGUAUGAGUUCGUCCAACAAUCCUUUUUAUUGCAUGGAGUUGUAGAGUUAAG